AGCCUGCGUCACCCGACCCGACCCCCCCGCAGAAAGAAGAAACAGUCGCCUCGCUCGAUCCCCUCUCGCCCUCGCUCUCGCACGCCGCACGGAAAGGCUAGGGUUCCUCGCCGCCGCCGCCGCCGGUCCCUGGCUCCUCGUCACGGCUAGCUCCGGCCACAUGGACGGCGGGUAGGAGCCCAUCUUCCGCCGCUUCUCCAUCCUCUGACGCGACUCCUAGGGCGAGGCUUCUCCCUCGCAGCAGCUCCUGGUCGGUCCGGCCUGGGCACCACUCCGGCGAACGGCGCCCCACUCCGGCCGACGACCCAAUCAGCAUAGCUCAAAAGAACUGGCCCUUAGUCAGCAGGCAGCAGUCAUUGCGGACGCAUCGCCUCCUCGUCUCCCUUGGCGUCGUCCUCCUCCGGACCCCUCCACCUCGAAACCCCAGCCAGCCUCGCACUCGCAUUCGCACCGCUCCAGAACCCCUGACCCGCUCCCUUCCCUUGGCGCAUGCAGCACAAAUAGCAGUGGGGCAUUUCACUAAAGGAAGGCCAUGAUUUCCCACAAGGAUAGGGCUCAAAAGGCGUAUGAGGCCAUGGGGCGUCUCGGCUUCCCCAAGAAGCAGGUUUCGCCAGUCCUGAAGCACCUCUACAAGCUCUUUGAAAGCUGGGAGCCCAUCGAGGACGAGAGCUACCGCAUCCUUGCUGACACCAUCCUGGAUAGCCAAAAGAAUCAACCAAUGCCUGGCACUAGCCGUCAUGUGACGGACCAAGAGUCCGAGCCUCACAACUCAACGUCGGUCACACCAGAUCCAGAUGACCAACACCCUUCUGCUGCUCGGUAUGGCAUGGAUGUCAGUGAUAAUGAAACCUCCCUCAUCAACAGAUCCAUGGAUGUCAGUGAAAAUCCCCAAGAUGCUCUCUUCUUACAAGAGCCCAAACCUGAACCUGAAAUUGAUGUUCCAGCUGCUCCUGUUGCCAACGACCUCAAUACUGGGUCUUCAGGUGGGGACAACAUGCUAAUUGAACAUUGUAAAACAAGGGAUAUGCUGACAUGGGAUUCUGAUGCUAGAGCUAGCAUAGUUAACCACGAUCAAAAUCCGGACAGCAGCCAACAUGCAGUCAAGGAUGGGGUAGAGUCUACUGUUCAAAAUACUCACGAGGCAUCUUUUGUUGAACUUGAUGUAGCUUCAUCCACUCUGGGUGAGGUGAAGGUGUCAUUGAAAUGCAAAUUUGACCCUUCAGAGGUCUGCAUUAGUUUGGACAAGGUCUUCAAAAUAGUUGAGGAUAAAUGUCUACGCUCAUACAAGACCCUACCUCCUGAUUUUUCUGUUGGCAAGCUGAUGAAUGAGAUAUGCCAAUAUGUUGCAGAGUCACGUGCUGUGCAUUCUGAAGCUCAAAACAAUGGUGGCAGCUUGCAAGAACAGGCUUUGGAGACGCAUGCUCCCUUUGUGAAGCCAAUUGCUUGUAAGCAUGCUGUUGGUGGAAAUGGUAAUGCUGCCGUAGGAUCAUCCUCGGAACCUAGCUUUCAAAAUUGGGUAGUUGCUUAUCACCCUCAGGAAGCACUUUUUAAGCAAAGGCCACUGCAUGAUGUUGCUGACAUAACGAAGGGACAAGAAAGAGUUAGAAUACCUAUUGUAAACGAAUUUGGUAGUGAUAGUUGUCCGCCAUUGUUCUAUUACAUAAGAAAGAAUCUCAUUUUCCAAAGUGCUUAUGUCAACACCUCACUUGCGCGGAUUGGUGAUGAGGAUUGCUGCGCAGAUUGUUCAGGCAACUGCUUAUUAGAACCACAUCCAUGUCCAUGUGCAAGAUCAACUGGAGGUGAGAUUGCAUACACACCGGAGGGCCUGGUCAGGGCAGAAUUAAUUGAUGAGUGCAUUGCUGUUAAUCACUUCCCAGAAAAGGAUAAUAAGUUCUACUGUAAAGCUUGUCCUCUUCAAAUAUAUAAGACGAAGCCCUCACCAGAUCCAUGUAAAGGUCAUCUUGCUAGAAAAUUCAUUAAGGAGUGUUGGAGUAAAUGUGGCUGUGGCAAGCAGUGUGGAAAUCGUGUGAUUCAGCGUGGGAUAACAUGCAAUCUCCAGGUGUUUUUCACGAAUGAAGGGAAGGGCUGGGGGCUACGGACGCUGGAUGGGCUGCCAAAAGGUGCUUUCAUCUGUGAAUUAGUUGGGGAGGUACUAACAAGUUCUGAACUAUACGAGAGAAAAGCCAAAAAUUCUAAGCAUGUGGAUCAAGUGCUCCUAGAUGCUAGUUGGGGUUCUGAAGGGGUGCUAAGAGACGAGGAAGCUCUCUGCCUUGAUCUGACAUUUUAUGGGAAUGUCGGGCGAUUUGUCAACCAUAGAUGCUAUGAUGCAAAUUUGGUAAUCAUACCUGUUGAAGUCGAGACUCCUGAUCGCCAUUAUUACCAUCUUGCAUUAUUCACUGCCAAGAAAAUAGAGGCUUUUGAGGAGUUAACGCGGGAUUAUGGCAUUGAUUUUGAUGGUACUGAUGACCUCAAUAAAGCAUUUGACUGCAUGUGUGGAAGCAAGUACUGUCGCGGCGGUCCGAAGAAUUCAAGGAAGAGGACUAGGGCAAGUGCAAGUCGGAACUAGAGGGAUUUGCAUUCGGUCAAGAGCGGUGGAAGAAGAGUGUUGGCAGGAACAGGGCACAGAGUUUGUUGCCUUAUGAUGCUUGUAGAUAGUUGCAAGGGGCGGUGUCGGCCAGUCAUAUUUUGGGGUUUGGAUGUAGUAAAACCAACUAAAAAUGCCUGAUGCAGAGCAAGUGGAACUUAAUUAGUAUGUGUCGUCAGUGUGUCACUGUGUUGUGCGUCCGGAGUUUACCUAGCAAUUGCAGUUAACUUGCUUCACUGCCCGAGCUUAUUCUGCAUCUUUUUUUCUUCC